AUGAAAGCAAGUCAAAGUAUAAAUAGCUUGGCUAUCAAGCAGAGGAAAGCUAAAGAGUCAUUUCAAGACCCCUCCACAGAGCCUAAUUCUGCCAGAGUUUUUCUGACUGAAAGAAUUCCAAAUAGCAGACAGAUUCUAGGUAAAGCUAUCUCAAUGGAUCGCUCUAUCAUGAACAAUGGGAAACGACUCAAGAAAUACAAGCUUUCCAAAAUAAUGAACAGAGUUGUGGAAUCCAAAGAAAGACUACUAGACAGAGGAUUCACCUCGACUUUGCUACAGACUGAGGAUAUCCAUCUUAAACGCAGGGAAAUAGAGAUGAAGCAACGAGAUACUGUCCUGAUAGAAUGGGCCAAAGAGAAAGUCAGGGAGGUGAAAUCAGGAAAUUUCAUACCUCCAGCCAUAAGAGAAGUAGUCGACAAAAAUAUUAAGAAAGAUUUAAUAAAGGCUAAGAAUAAAGUCGAACGUGUAAAUAAGAAAAUUAAGAGGGAGGAAUCUAUAGGAUUUAGACGCAAAGGUCAAUACUUCCAAGUGGAAAACCAAUUUCCCACCAUAUCAUAUGAUAGAUUUAACAAGGACGAUGAUUUCGGGAAAAUGAUUCAUUUAGGAUCGGGGAUUUCAACAAUCAAGCAUAUUCGAGGAGAAUUCCCCAUAAAGUCAUCAUGGCCGGAAGGGUGGAAAUUUAAAAAUUAUCCUCCAGGAGCUGAAUAUUUAGAAGAAGAGGAUGAGACUGAUAAAAAAAAGGCAUUACCUGAUCCAGUACUAAAGGUGAGGAACUUUCAUAAAUAAGUAUGCGAGGAUCAGCACUCCUCCUGAUCCUAGUGAGACCAAGAAGUACAUCUGCUCACACAAGCUUGUGCAGAAGCCUACUUCAGAUGAGUCUCCUUCCAUUCAUAAUUACAUCAAGCUUGAGAAAGAGAAAAGGUUUGAUGCCAUGAAAGAUCAGGCAAAGAGACGAGCUGAGGUCAAGACUAUAAACAUAAUCACUGAGUUUGGAGAAGGCAAGAUUGACUUCAAAGGUUUCAAGAAGAGAGGAAGCUCUAUCAACCUUGGAGUCACAUCUAGUAGAAGUUCAAUAUUAGGAUCUAAGAAUGAUUCUGAAAAGCAAACGCAUUUAGGAGAUAAACUUAAGCCAAGAAGAUUGUCAACGAUUAGAGACUUGAAGAAGGCUCCAAAAUCAAGUAUGAUGAGGUCAGUGCACUCCUCCCUUGCGAUGAAGAAUAAGGCCAAAUAAAGCGCCAUUAAAUUCUCUUAACAAACCUUUGUUGCCAAUUACAGACAGAAAUGAGAAAGGAAAUAUUAUCAGCCCUCUCGACUCCAACGACUUGAGAAAAUCAGCUUCAAACUUUAGAAGAAGGCUUGGAGUGAACGUUAAAGUUGCCAGAAAGUCAAUCAACUUGGAUGAUGAGAAUCUUGAAAAAUCUCCUAAGCCAACACUUUUACAUGGAUCUAGUUCAGAAGAUAUCCUCUCUCAGUUGAAGAAGAUUGACUUAGAAGUUAAAAAGCAGUUAGAAAAAUAUCAUGCAGUACAGCAGCAAGAGAGUCCAGUAGUGAGGCUACCAGUCGGGAGCCCAGACAUUAGGAUUACUGGCUUUGAUAAGAUUCAUAGUCUAAGAGAAGAAAGCGAUGAAAGUUUAUCAAGUCAAGAAUCUGACUCUACUCCUUUUUGUCCUACAUUAUCAAAUAAAGAUGAUAUUAGUCCUGGUGUUGAACAUAUUACUGAGUAUUUCAGGGCAAACCCUGAAGUAAAGAAAGAACCCAUUGGCAAGCAAGCUCAGAAAAUAACAUUACAAUUUAUUGUAAGCAGGAUAGAAAGCAUGAAAUAUGGACGCAAGCCUGAAGAUGCUAAGGAUCAGUCAAGAAGGUGGAGGAAAAGGAUAAAAAAUCUUAAGAAAACAGAGAAGUUUAAAAACAAUACUCAAAACAAGUGUGAGAGACUUAUUAACAAUUGCGAGAGCCUAAUCAGGAAUGAUAUUCCAUCCAGAGUUUUGUACAGGGACCUUCAGAGCUAUCUACAGAACUCGAAUAUGGAGAUAAAUGACAAGAUAAUCAGAAUACUGAGCUUACAUUCUGAAAAUAUUUAGUAAUGAAUUUAAGUCACC